AUGGCAGGAACCGACAAGCUUCCCGUGAUGCGGGUCGCCGUCAUUGGAGCUGGCCCGGGUGGAUUGACAACCCUGAAGACGUUGCUACAGGCAUCGACGCCUGAGCGACCGAUAGAGGCUGUCUUGUUCGAGGCAGAAGACAACGUCGGAGGCACCUUUCAUUAUCGUGCCUAUGAGAAUGCCGAGCUGGUAUCGUCAAAGCAACUAACUACAUUUUCCGACCACCGCUUUCCGCUUUCAGCACCGGACCACAUCUCGCUCCCGCAAUAUGUCGAGUACUUGCAAGCCUAUGUGGACAAGUUCGAUUUACAACCGCUCAUGAAGAUGGGCUGUAGAGUCAAUAAAAUCGAACCCAUAGCCAAAUCGGCUGAUCAGAAGUGGAAGCACCGUGUUAGAUAUGUUGACAAGAACAUUGAUGGGAAGGAACGCACUUUCGACUGCUCCCAUGUCGCUGUCUGCACUGGACUGCAUGUCGAGCCCAACGUUCCCGCUAUCCCCGGCAUCGAGAACAUUAAAGGCGAAGCAUUCCACUCCUCACAAUACAAGAAGCGGGCGCAGCUUACAGGCAAAGACAUUCUCAUCAUGGGUUGUGGAGAGACUGCCAUGGACAUUGCUUAUGAAGCUAUGAAGGGUGAUGCGAACUCGGUUACUAUGUGCUUCAGAACGGGUUUCCUGUCCUUCCCAAAGGCGCUUUCACGUUUCAAAGUGUUCGGCAAGCAGUUCAAAGGAGGCCUACCCAUCGAUGGUCUCAUUACCAACCUCUUCGAGACAGCCUACGUGCAUCGUGCGAUAGCUGCUAGUCGUUUCCGUUGGUUUGUGUCCGACUUUGUCAUAAAGCGCGUACUAUGGUUCUUGACCGGCACCCAGGCGGGCAUGAACCAGCAUGUUGGUGCACUACCACAUGAUCGACUAGGAAGAGCUUUCGUCUUCCUAAACAAGAGUAGCAAAGCCAUGCCAUAUCUGAACCGUCCGUACAAAGAGGGCCACCCUCUUGCUUUCCUUGGCAAUGGCUACGUAGAUCCGCCCGAAGAUGCGCAAUCGAAGAAAUGGGUCGAUACAUGCACAUUUCCUGAGCGAAUAGACGAAACAGGCAGGGUAAUAUUCGAAAAGCGUCCAGACCGAAAAGACUGGAGACGCAUGAAGAACACAGAAGUACGACCUAAUUGUGUAGUCUACUGCACUGGUUACAAGCAGUCAUUUUACUUCCUUGAUCCUUCAUAUCCCACGGCAUCCGACGCUACCAUCCGCAAUAUCGUCUCGCCAGUAGACCCUAGCAUAUCUUUCAUCGGCUUUGUGCGACCCGGUGUCGGCGCCAUUCCUCCCAUCGCCGAACAGCAAGCCAUGUGGUGGACAGCGCUAAUUACGAACCAAAUGGCCAUGCCCACUGAUCCCCCACACUACCAUCUUCUGGCCAAAGAGACCUCGCGCAUCCAAUACGGCGUCGAUCACAGCGCGUACAUGAGUACUCUUGCGAAAGACUUUGGUGGCGCUCCCGGAUUGCGCCAACUUUACAUGGCCCAUGGCUUGAAGGUACUCUUGGUAUACUGCUUCGGAGCGAGCUUUGUGACCUUUUACAGGCUCGUUGGGCCUUUCAAGAGUGACGUUGCUCCUAGCAUCACCAAGACUGAAUUGGCAGAGACCAUCCUCCGCAGAGGCAUUCUCGGGAAUCUGUUCUUCGGCGUAAUACCCAUGCUCUUCUACGGGCUAAUCAAUGCUACAGCCUGGAUGCUUGAGAUGGUCGGGCUUAUUCCAAAAGAGAAACCACUCGUAUGA